CAAAUCCGCCCUGACCGUGCAGUUCGUGACCGGCACCUUCAUCGAGAAAUACGACCCCACCAUCGAGGACUUCUACCGCAAGGAGAUCGAGGUGGACUCGUCGCCGUCGGUGCUGGAGAUCCUGGACACGGCGGGCACCGAGCAGUUCGCGUCCAUGCGGGACCUGUACAUCAAGAACGGCCAGGGCUUCAUCCUCGUCUACAGCCUCGUCAACCAGCAGAGCUUCCAGGACAUCAAGCCCAUGCGGGACCAGAUCAUCCGAGUGAAGCGGUAUGAGAAAGUGCCAGUCAUCUUGGUCGGGAACAAAGUGGACCUGGAAAGCGAGAGAGAAGUGUCAUCCAACGAAGGCAGAGCCCUUGCCGAAGAGUGGGGCUGCCCCUUCAUGGAAACCUCGGCGAAGAGCAAGACGAUGGUGGACGAGCUCUUUGCUGAGAUCGUGAGGCAGAUGAACUAUGCGGCACAGCCCGACAAGGACGACCCAUGCUGUUCUGCAUGUAACAUACAAUAGCGGUGACAUCGGGCCGUCCUGGUCCCCAGCCGCCCCUGACCACUGGCCAUGCGCACCUCGUCUGCUCCACUGCGAGCCUGCAGGAUGUGGGGGCCGGUCUGCAGUGAAGCCGCAGCGCUUGCCCCGAGUUGAGCCGUGGUUGUCAGUUGAUAUCUCUGAGUAACAUUUGGGUCCAGUAACUCCCAUUGUCACCAUUGUCCUCAGUCUUCUCUAGGCACCUGCAACUCCAGGCCUAGCCAGUCCGUCGACAGGGUGAUCUCCUUGGAAAGCUACGCUGGCAUCGUCACUGAGUUGACCGAAGCCACUGUUGUAGAUGUUAAACAUAAUCAUGGGAGAGAAACUAGAAGAAUGCCCGUGACCACUUACAAUUGAAAUAUUUUGUCGUCUUUGAAAAAAAAAAA